AUGACUAAAGACCAAUUACAAGCGGAAUUAAAAGCCAAGGUUAAAGAAGGAGUAAAACCUUCUCAUUUAAAAAGAAGUAAAAGCUUAGGAGAUAUUCCUAAUGCUCCGCCCGCUCCCUCCUUAACUAACGAACUAACCACUUUACAAACUGAGAAUGAAGCGUUAAAGAAGCAAAUUAGUGAGUUAGAAAAAGAAGAAGUCUUUGUCGAGGCUCCCGAAGAAAAUAUUAACGAACUAAAAGAACAGCUUAAAAACCUAGAACAACAAAUCCUGGAACUCCGACUCAGCAAAAUUAAUGAAUUUGGCGAGUAUUAUCAACAGAAACAAGAGUUGGAAAAACUCUUGCAAAAGGAAUUCACCACCCUCAAAGAAAAAAUAACCACUAAACUACAAGUCAAAGACCAAGCCAUUACUGACACUAACCAAAAACUCCAAGAAAGUAACCAGAAACUAGAACUGUCUUUAAAAGAAAAUACCGAAAAUGAGAAAGCGCUCGAGCAAUUACUGAAAGAGUUUAAAGAAUUAAGUCAACAAUUAGCCUAA